CGUUGUUCUUUCGCGCCAUUUUUCAGCUGAUAGCGUCCCGGCAACUGAGAAAAGGUCAACAAAUUUUCUACCAAACCGUGCAAAUUACGGGCGAUCUAAACAAUUCCUUGUACAAAUAGGAACCGGAUUGCACUCCUGAAUUGCUGAUUGUUUACGUUUUACAAUAACAGGCCGCAAGAGGGAGGAUUUUCGCCCGAAAUUUGGAUCAUGUGACCUGAUCUUUUUCUGCUACAUUCACAUCCACAGACGUUUCAAGAGCAAGAUUGGUACACAGGCCGAGGAUUAGUAUUACUGUAUCUACAGAAGUAUAAUAUGGAGGUGGACCUGAGAAGACUGGCCACAGCUCUGUCCCUGCCAGCUGUCAUCACUGAUGAUGCCCUACAGAUCCUGGCAGAAGUAGGGGCAAAGACUCACAGCUCUGGACAGGUGCCCCAGUUGUGCUGUGUGGCCUGUAUCUAUGUGGCUGUGACAAAAGCUAGGUUUCGAGAGACAGAAGAAGAAGGUUCCCCAGACAGCGUUAACGUCUUCGCUCCCUGCGUGACACUUCAAGACAUACUGAACAAGGCCAGUGCAAACAUCGUGAUGUUGUUCCACGCCAUGAAGACAUCCCACUGUAUGGAGGAUGUGAGUUCUAAUGUCCGAGACACGUACAGUCAGCUACAGAGGAAGUACUGUAUUGUGGCAGCGCUGCACCUCAAGUUUGAAAAGCUUUUUGCUGCUAUCUUCCAGGAGAAUCCAAGUCCAUUUUCAGCCAGCACAACAACAACAGUCACCCCCAGGAUGAAACAAAGCUGGCUCAUCUUACUUCUGGCUAAAGGAAAAGUCCUUCAGGGAAACCCAGAACUGGUGUUGAACUUUCACCUCCUGUUAUGCUGUAUGGCCCAUGUCAUCAGGUGGACCCCCAGCUUCCUACUCAGGCCUCCGUAUGCUGAUGUGAUCUUAGAACACUUAGAAGAAGGACUGCCAGAUAAGGAUGACUCCUGCACAGUUCCAGUGCUGGUGGGGUCCAUACUGAAGGUGCUGUGUACAGAGAUGUGCUGUGGUUAUGAUGAUGUGGAGUCGGUGUACCAUAGCUGUUGGCUGCGCUACACUCAAACCCUGCCUGUAAAGGAAGGUCUACCCGAGCUGUCCUGGCUUGAGACUGAGUACAGAAGUUUGUACAUGUUAGAGGGUGACAUCGAUGAGAUGACCUUCCUACACCAUGACAGACAUCUGAUGUCGCCCUCCUCUGAUAGUGACGAAGCCAGUGGAAUCCCUCAUACCUCACAGACAGAUCCUCUCUGCACACCUGUCAGAACUGCCAUGACGACCGUUCAACAGCUGAAGAACAUCCUGAACACAGCUCAAGACGAGCCCUCCUCCACACUUAAGACAUACUUCAGUAACUGUUCCACAGACCCAACAGAGGGCAUCCUUCAGAGAGUUGCAGCACUGAAAACGGCCUUCGUUUCUCGAUUCCUGCUCGCAACUGGUGACAACUACAAGGACAUCGCUCAACAGAGAUGCCACCUGGCCAUUAGACUAUACUACAGAGUCAUGGAAGCCAUGCUGAAAAUGGAGGAGCAAAGACUGAAUACAUCAGACUUCAGUAACCUGCUGAACAAAGACACAUUCCAUCGCUCUCUGCUGGCCUGUUCUGUGGAGGUCAUUAUGACGACAUACGGAGUCAGUUGGACCCCCAUGUUGUACACUAUGGCUACCACUGACACCAACACGUCGUUUCCGUGGAUACUGGACGUGUUUGAGCUGAAGGCGUACGAUUUCUUCAAGGUGCUGGAGACGUUCAUCCUCGCGGAGCCCAAACUCACCAAGGAAGUCAUCAAGCACUUACAGCACAUCGAGAACAAGAUUCUAGAAAGAGUGGCAUGGAGAGAGGGGUCGCCAUUGUAUGAAGCCAUCUUGACUUCUGAGAUGCCGCGGCCGUCCUUCCAGACCUCGCCCGGGUCAAGGGUCACCAACGGCAACAUUCCGCACAGUUCUACUGCUUCAGAAAUGUACUUGUCUCCCACGCGGUUCUCCGCCGCCCAACAGUCGCCGUAUCGCUCCCCCGCCAGGCUGCACUGCAGAAGUCCGGGGCCGCACAGGCGCAAGUCUCAGUCUCUUCAACUCUUCUACAACAAGGUGUGUAAGCUGGCCUACAUGCGGCUGCAGUCCCUGUGCAAACUGCUGUGUGUCUCUGCUGAGAUGGAGCACCGCAUCUGGACAGCGCUGGAGUUCUGCCUGCUCCACAGACCAGAGCUCCUGAAAAACAGGCAUCUGGAUCAGGUCAUCAUGUGCUCAGUGUACGCCAUCUGUAAGGUCAGUGGGUGUGACACCAAGUUCAAGUCUAUUGUUGCAGCCUACAAGAACCUCCCAACAGCCUCACAGACUGUGUAUAAGGAGGCGUGGAUCUCAGGUGAGGAGUAUGACUCCAUCAUAGGUUUCUACAACAGGGUUUACAUGCAGACUCUGAAGAACUACAUCCUCAGGUUCGCCUCUCCUGAUGUGAUGCCACAGUUGUCCCCCCUGCCCUGUAAGAGUCCGUCCAGGUUCUCCCAGUCUCCUGUUGUCACUGUCCCAGGCAGGAAUAACUUCUACAUCUCGCCCCUGAGGGAGUCCCCCUUUGGUAGCCCCACCCACAGAGAGCUGCUAUCCCCAGGGCAGAUGACUCCAAGAACUAGAGCCCUGUACAGCUUUGGGGAGGGGCUGGGGUCAUCCGAGAAACUGAAAGCGAUCAACGAGUCGAUGCGCGCUGCGGCGGCGGGAAAGAGGUCAUCUCCAGGUCAACCCAGGUCACAGAAGAGGCUGAAGUUUGAUGCAGAUACAGCAGAUUCCAAUGGGACCACCACGAAAAGCAACACAGCAAAUGGCCAUGGUGCGUCCAACGGCAACUCCAAUGGAAAUGGCGCGGCCGCAGACCACACGAGUGUGACCCGGUCGGCAUGGACGCUCAGCGCAGCCAAAUCACCCAUCAAAAUCAACGGAAAAUCACCAAAGAAAUAGGGUAUAAGUAUCUGAGAUGUCUUCACAAUUGCUGGAACAAAGUGGCACUCCUUGGUGGAAAACUGCCCCUAGAAUUUGUGUUAUCAAGAACAUGCAGUACUACUUCUGAAUUUUAGUUGUGCCAUGUCAGUGUUGUUGAUUGUGACAGUAUAAUUUGCUGACCAACUUUUUAUUUGUGCUACCAUUGUAAAAAGAUAAGUUUCAUUAAUCAAGCAUUUUUUCCUGUUGGAUUGUCACCGAUAAGGAAUUCUUUCCGUUUUGUAUGGAAGAAUUUUUUUCUGAAUUUUGCAUUUGCAAGCUGUAUGUUAAGGUUUGGUUUGUAGCAAAUUCUGACUAACAGAAUCUGUAAGCUAGAUUUUAGACAUUGAGUUCAUGCUUUUAGUUUUAGCAUUUAUGGGUUGUACAAUUUGCAGUUUGUGGGUUUUAUAAGUUAGAGUACUGUCUGGAUUUGAACCUUGUUUUGACGUAACCUAAAAUGCAGUAACUUUUCCCCUGUUCAUUCUUUUGGUCACAUUUGAUCCUCGUACAUCACUUUGGAGCCAGAUACAGUAUAUUUUUGUAAGGCAGCUGAUAUCACUGUGCUUGAGAAGAAUAUCACAACAUCUACAUUGCCUGUUGCAGCUUGACUUUCACUGCUUUUUUGCUUUUGUGAAUGGUCACAUGCAUCAUACAGUUGUUUGUUAUACAAUAGGGCAUUCUUUGGAUAGUCGUUUAUAUUUUCCACAAAACUUUUAACAGAAAGUGUGUAACAUAACAUGCAGGGUAUCUUGCAGAACCCAGAGGUCUUGGGUUUGAAUCUUAUCAUGCUAAACGAUCUUUGUGCCCUUAAAUAAAACUAUGAGACAACCUUUUUUUCUGUGACUGAGAAGAUUCUGUGAGAUCCUUGUGAAAGGUUGGUUCUGUCACAGCCUAUUUGUAAAUUUUACGACAUCAAAAUCAUACGAGGUGUGAUGCAUGUGACCAUGCCAUAAGCUGUCAUCAUUGACACUUGACUCUCUUACAUAUUAAUAUUUUACCAUUGUUUCUAUACACGAGACUGAAAGUAUUUUUUCACUAGGUGCUAUUAAGAGGAGAAUUCCAUGUUCAAACUUGAGGGGUGCAGCUAAAAGAUUUUUGGAAGGAUUUUAAAGACAGGGCAGUGCUUUGAGGUUAUGUCUACUGUCCACCCCUCUAAUGCUUUGAAAGUGGAAUAGUCCUGACUUAGGUAUAGAAUUUUUGCUCCAUUGCCAUUUUGACAUUUAUAGAUUAGUUAGUGCAUUGUAAAAUGUUAUUUGAAGACUUAGUUGACUGUUCUUUGUUCUAUACCUCUUAGAAUGUGAAAACCCUAGCAAUUAUUCCAGAGGUACCAGUGAAAUGAUCUCUUACAAUGUACUAUAAAUGCUUUCAAGUUUGUGGAGAAAACCAAGUGUUUGCUGUGGUUUUGAGUUCUUGAUGUAAUCAUACUGUACCACCUACUAGCAUCACAGCAGUCGCCUCAGCACAUCAUAAUACUGUACCAUGUACAGACAUACAUGUAGACAAAGGGGUUGGCAGGCAGAAGACGGAACAAGAAGUUUUCGUGGUGGUUUCGAGUUGCAGUGGUCACGUUGAAAUCUGUGAACCACCGCAAACUUAAAAUGCAUUUACAGUAUGGUGUGCCCUGUGUAAAAAUAACACAAGACAACAGACAGUACUUGAUAUACAGUUUGUUGAAGCUGAACUUGUUAAAGAUGUUAAAAUGAUUCACUUUUGUUUGGUACUGGUACUGGUAAGAACUUUCAUGAUAUUUCAUAAUGAUGUAUUUGUUGAUGAAUUAUGUUGUAAUUUCCCAUGGUUUUUUUUGUAGUUAAAGAUAAGAAUGACAUUCCUUACAUGUACUUCAGCCCUUCAUCCUGUUUGUAGUUUCUGUAAGUUUUGAAUGAAGAAUGUUUUACAGGAAUAAAGUGGUUCCUGUGAGUUAUUU